AAGUUGAAGAGAAGACGCCCAAAUCCGAUCGAGUCCGUUCACUUUCAACUCCUUCACAAGUCCCAUAAGUCCAUAACCCAGACCAGAUUCAAUUAUUGGCUUCCCCGAAUCAUACCCCCUCUUAUUAUUCUCACUUUCAUUUGGUUCUUCCCACGCCACUAAUCCCACAUUCUCAAACUCAACUCAAACAGUCUUUCACUCCCGUCAACUUAAAUCCCCCACCGCCGGAAAAGAUGUCGACGGUUGACGGUUUCCGAGCACUAGACGACAAAUCAUUGGUGGAUUAUAUAAAGGCAACCCCUUCUCUCUUCUCCAUACUUGGUGCUUCCGACAACUUCCAGAUCAAAGAAGUCGGAGAUGGCAACCUUAACUUUGUCUACAUCGUUGUCUCCCCUUAUGGCUCUCUUGUCAUCAAGCAGGCUCUUCCUUACAUACGUUGCAUUGGCGAAUCAUGGCCAAUGACUAAAGAACGUGCAUAUUUCGAGGCAACGACACUAAAACAACAUGGUCGUUUGUGUCCUGCUCAUGUUCCAGAGGUUUAUCACUUUGAUCGUGCAAUGUCUUUGAUUGGCAUGCGCUAUUUGGAGCCUCCGCACAUCAUUCUUAGGAAGGGUUUGAUUGCUGGAGUUGAAUAUCCAUUGCUUUCGGAACACAUGGCAGAGUAUAUGUCAAAGACUUUGUUCUAUACCUCUCUUCUUUAUACCACAACAACGGAGCAUAAGCGUGGAGUUGCUGAAUUCUGUGGAAACGUGGAGUUGUGCCAGCUUACCGAGCAGGUUGUGUUCUCUGACCCGUACAAAGUAUCAGAGUAUAACCGUUGGACUUCUCCUCAUCUUGAUUAUGAUGCUGAGUCAGUUCGUGAGGAUAACGAUCUGAAGCUUGAAAUAGCUCAAUUAAAAUCCAUGUUCUGUGAAAGAGCACAAGCCCUCAUUCAUGGAGAUCUGCACACUGGUUCUGUCAUGGUUACACAAGACUCGACUCAGGUGAUUGAUCCUGAAUUUGCCUUUUAUGGGCCAAUGGGAUUUGACAUAGGAGCCUUUCUCGGAAAUCUUAUUUUGGCCUUCUUUGCUCAAGAUGGACAUGCAACUCAAGAAAAUGACCGGAAGGCUUAUAAAAAAUGGAUCCUCGUAACUCUCAGAGAGACUUGGAGUCUGUUCUACAAUAAAUUUAUCGCACUUUGGGAUGAAAAUAAGGAUGGACCUGGUGAGGCAUAUCUUCCACAUAUUUACAACAAUCCUGAUGUUCGGCAACUCGUACAAACGAAGUAUAUACAAGAUCUGUUCCAUGAUUCUCUUGGAUUUGGCUCAGCCAAGAUGAUAAGGAGAAUCGUUGGUGUGGCGCAUGUUGAGGACUUUGAAUCAAUAACUGAUGCUGGAAAACGAGCUGACUGUGAGAGGAAGGCACUCAACUUUGCAAAAAUGCUCUUGAAAAACCGGAGAAAGUUUGUAUCCAUCGAUGAAGUAAUCUUAGCCAUACACGAAAUUGAUUCGUGAUAUGAAAAUGUUGCAUUACUCGGAAAAAUUUAUUAUAGUUUGGUUCUAGGAGAUCGAUAUAGAUGAGCGCUUCUCUGGCGAUGAUGAUCUAUAACUGUGUUGAUCAUAUUCUUGCAUUAUGUAGAAGAAACAUUAACUAUAUAGUCAUCUAAUAAUCAUUUCUUCUACGGAUCCUGAUGCGAAAAUCGGCCUACUGAUGUAUUUAAUCUUGGCACAUCAGUUUGAGAUAUUGGAGUACAAAACGUUUAUGUGAAUUUUACAUUACUUGUA